GCGUCAUUCCCGUCCGAUCUUUUCAUGGCGGAUACUCAUUUACCGCCGCAGCCUCCUCCUCCCUCCGUCCAAGAGCCGCUUCUCAGUUCAAACCAUCACCAACAACAGGGGAACCAGAGCACUGAUCUUGACUGGGCGCUGGAAUGGCUCGAGAUGUUUCUGACAUUUCUCGGCUUCAACCAGUCCUCCGCGCUCAGUCUGUGUCUAUCUUGGACCGCUUUUGUAGUCGUCGGCGUUUUUCUUCCGGUUCUGGCGCUGGUGUUAUCUCAGUGCUCCGGUUGUGAAAAGUAUCAGAUUAAGGAUUUUGAGCUCGAAAUCGUCGCCUCUCAGGCGUGUUUGGCUGCCGUUUCUUUGCUCUGCCUUUCGCAUAAUCUAAGAAAAUAUGGUAUCAGGAAGUUUCUUUUUGUUGAUCGACACAAUGGCCAUACUGCUCGGCUUAAUCACCAAUACAUUAAGCAGAUUAAGACUGUACGUGAAAUCAUCCGUAUGUUAUUUGUAGAACGCGAAUCUUGGUGGCUCUCUAUUGCUAUUUUAUUCACUUUGGUUCUCUCGUGGACUUAUGUGAGUACCAUAAGUCUAAUCGCCAGCAUUUUGUUUCAUUUGGUUUGCAACUUGCAAGUUAUUCUCUUUGAAGAUUAUGCAAAGCUCUUGGAAAGAGAAUCUGAUGUUUUGAUAUUUGUAGAGGAGCAUAUUCGUCUACGUUUUCAUCUUUCCAAGAUAAGCCAUAGGUUCAGAAUUUAUCUUCUUUUAGACUUCUUGGUUGUCACAGCUAGCCAAAUCGUUACUCUUUUCCAGACAACGGAAUAUAGGGGAGUCAUUACUGUCAUAAAUGGUGGUGAUUUUGCUGUUUCUUCAGUAGUACAGGUUGUUGGGAUAAUUCUUUGUUUGCAUGCAGCCACAAAAAUUUCUCAUAGAGCCCAAGGCAUUGCAUCUCUUGGAAGUAGAUGGCAUGCAUUGGCAACAUGCAGUUCAACUGACACAUCUCAACUAAGAAUUUCAAACAGUGCAGGGAACUUGGAAGCUCUUCACAACUCAUUUUAUAUGAAUUAUUCUGAGAGUGACUUGGAAUCAAUGGAUUAUGUUGCCAUUCCAACACAUGCACAAUUAGCUUCAUAUCUGUCUUCAUAUCACAGGAGACAAGCCUUUGUAAUGUACUUACAGAACAAUCCUGGAGGCAUUACUCUAUAUGGAUGGACGAUAGACAGAGGUCUCCUCAACACAAUCUUCUUUAUUGAACUCUCUCUGGUUACCUUUGUUCUUGGAAAGACUAUAGUCUUCAGCUCAACCUAAUAUUUUGCAUCUUGAAGAAGCAUCACAGCUUUCCUUUAUUAAUUCCAGGGAAUCAACAAGAUGAGAUUUUGCCACGUGAUCCUUCAUCUAGUGGGCUAGCGUAGUCAAUUUACCUCAGUGUGAACUUCAUGUUUUUAUGAGGCUGAGGUAAAUGAUGCACAGUUCAUACCCCACGUAGACCUUAUCGUGCCAUGAGCAGCCAGCCUCCUGCUCCAGGUUUUCGCAGAAAUCACCACAAUUGUCUUUUAUUUGGUUGAAAUAUUUGUUGUACGUACACCAACAGGCUCGGAAUGUACUUGCAAUGCCAUGGAAACUUAUUUCCGGAGGAGCAGAACAGGACAAAAUUUUGAGCUAGUUCACGUACUUGUUCACAUACGAAAUAGAUCAUUUUUAUUUGG